ACUCCUUCAUGCUGGGCUGAGGAGAUACAGACCUGAGACAGCAAGAGGAUUUAUUAAAACAUUCCGUUUAAGACAAGGUUUUUGUUACGAAGUGUGACCUCAAGCUUCACCCAAAUGCACAAACAACAGCCAUGUUUUCAAGUCCUCCCAAGUGAGGACCAAGGUGCUCCAGGCAGCAGGACAGCCAAAGGACUGUGGUGACAGUGUCUUUCUUAGGUGUCUUCUCACCACAAGAAUCCAUUCCUGCCUGUGUGUGUGAAGGUUAAAUUCACUGCUGGGCCCUGGCUCACCUGUCCGGUGUAUACUGUGGGGGUGAUGUGCAUCUGGAGCGCUCAGGCUCGUGACAUGGUUCUGGGGGUGUCGUGUGCAGGACUAGGAGUUGGUCCUUGUGGGUCCAUUCCAAGUCAGGAUAUUCUGUGAUCCUGUGAGGCACUGCCUGGUGCUUGGUGUGUGCACACUGAGUUCCUCCCCAGCCUGGCUUCCAAAGCCCAUGGUCAGAUGGAUCCAUGGUUUUCAUCAUCCCUCAUUCCCUGUGUGGAUACUGAGAGGAGGAGAACCACCCAACGUACGUGAUCCAUGCUGUGCCCAGGACACCCUUCUGGACUGGAUGCCUGUACACAUUCUGGCAGGGGAAAAAAGUGCCAGUUCAAAUGCAAGACUUAAAUCUAAUAAAGAGAUCCCAGGAUUAGUACAUCAACCCAGAGCAAACAUGCACAUCUCCGAAAGCCAACAAGAAUUCUUCAGAAUGCUUGAUGAAAAAAUUGAAAAGGGUCGUGACUACUGUUCAGAGGAGGAGGAUGUCACAUAGUGCCAGCUCUGCGCUCGCCCCAGGAGCACCUCCAGUGUAAAUAGAUCCAACCCAGCCUUCUGGAUACAACCUUCGGGAUGUCUGCUCGAGCGAACAGCACUCCAUAACAGAAGACCAUUUCCACAUUAUAUGCUCCAUUCAGUUACAGUGUUUCCUAAUGAACACAUGAGGAAUAUUGCUAAGGACUCCUAAGGAACUGUUUUUGUUGCUGCUAGUUAAAACUUGUUGCAACUUCUCACUUUUUUCUGUGUCCAGAUACGCAGCAAAUCCUUAAAAGUUAAUCCAAAAGACGGUGUUGAUUUUCUUGAGGCUUCUGGCCUGUUUUCUAUCAGAUGAGGUAGUGUUAUACCAAGCUUCCAUAAGUGAACAUCCAAGCAUCUAAGAAACACCCCUAAGCUGUGUGUCCUUCCGCGUUGGGGCCGGAGUGCUUGUUAGUGCUGGUGAUUCCAAGCUUUGGAGAUGGGAUGUUUUUGCCAUGGCAGGCCUUGUUUCUCAGCUGAGAAGAAGCUGAGAAACUAUUAUCCAUUAAAAGUAUGUUAUCACUGAAAUACUGGAAGUGAUACAGGAUCAGGAAUUUGUAUUUUAAGAGGAAAAAAGUUUCGUUUAACAGGUAUCUUAACCAAGGACUAAGCUUGCAGUAUUGGCUUUGCUGAGCACGAAUGGGAGUGUGAUCACAAUCAUUUUGAAUCUCUUUUUUUCUAAGAAAAUAAACAUUUUACUGUUUUUAUGUA